CUCCUGUCUCGUUCCUCUCCUUAUAAAUCGAAAUCAUCAGUUCUUUGCUUUUUCCGACUCACGAAUCCCGAAUCACGCCUCUCAUGUUUUUGCCCUCAAUCUGAGUUGAUAGUUAGCGAAGCGGAUCCAAUUUGAGUGAGCUUCAGGAACAUAGAAUCUAUGAAUUGAUUCGCCUUCCGGUGAAGCGGAAGAUUGAGGUAUUGAGGGAUGUUUUCGUGUCUUUGAUAAGAUUAGGAUUCCGAUUAGUAUAUAGUUCUCGGCCGAGGUUUCACUCGAUGGAUUUGAUUUGUGGUGUUCACGACUGAUUAGUUUUUGCGAUUAUUGAGGGUAGAUUGAUGCCUGGAACCCUAGGUUUUGUGAUAGGGGCAGAUGGAUGUCGGGAAAAAUGAUGCAAGAAUCUGUGAUGGGAAUAAGACAUCAUCCGUUGUGGUUUCUAAUGACGGGAUGGAUAAGGGGAAGGAAGAUCAUGGGGAGACGAGAUCGCUUCUAUUGCCUUCAUUGAAGAAAGGUGGAAUAAAGGUGAGGAGGCAGAGGAGCGGGAGUAAGAAGGUCCAGUGGAACGAUCACAACGGAGAUAAGCUUGUGGAAGUUCUGGAAUUCCAGCCAAGAUUCUUCCUCGUUUUCCAUAGUUUCAUCACGAGCAACGUGCUCUUAUUACAGAUUUGGAUCAGACAGCAAGAGUUGGAUCAAUGGCCUUCACGUCUGUUGUUACCUGCAGGACAAAAAGGUAAAAAAUCCUUCCAUAACAACAUCAACUGCCUUCUGUUUACGUUUGUUCUUCGAAAUUAGAAUUCUAACAACUGCUUAGAAGUGGCCGUUUAGAUUACUGUGUUGUAUUAACUAUAAGAGAAUGGCACCUUUCAUUCUUUAGGGUAACUACUAAAGAAAUUUUUGUUUAAAUUUUGAAUGUAAGGUUGUAUGUAAAUUUUGAAGUUUAGGCGUUGGAUGUGUAAAUAUAAAGGAGUUGAAUGGCUUGUAUG